GCGUAUGCUCAACGCUAACUUCAAAUGUAGCCCUGCCCCAUGCAUAAUUCCAGUGACACUUCUAAUAUCCUGACUUUUGAAGUUUCCUUGAUUACAAUUCAAUUGUAGUCACAACUUUUUUGUAAAUCUUUAGUAUUAAAGUUGCAACACGAUCCAAUUUUGGCUGCAAAGUUCUUAAAACCUUAAUGUUGCGGUUAAAUUGCAACCAUGAAGUGAAUUUUUAAAGCCUUGAUACCUUUAAUAUGUUUACAUCCUUGUAAUCAUAAACCAUCAUGUGGGUAGAUAACAUGUUUGCGUCAUCCUGAAUUAAAUUGACUACAACGUGUUUGUUUCGUUUUCUUUAUGUUAGUGUGGAAAUUGUUCAUUUUUUAACUAUUAAAACAAGAAAAUGGUGUUAUCUGAUUGGUUGUAUUGUAUUUCUGUUUUGAAACAGAGAGUAAUUUUUGUUACAUAUCUCAAUGUGUACCCGAUUGUUGUUCAGUUAGUCAUCAAGUACUUAUUUAUCCAAUUAGAUUCGAUGAAAAAUAGGGAGCAAAACAAACAAGGUUUGGAUGCCCUGAUGCAGUUUUUGAUGGUAGUCGAGCAGAAGAGGACCAUGUGUUUGUGAGAAGGACCUUCUUUUUGUUACACAUGGAGAGACUGAGUUGCACAGGUUCAUCGAUCAGAAGGCGUUCAACGAGCAUAUCAAGUCAUACAAGCCACCAUACAGAUAAUGAUGACGAAUCUGAGAGGGUUUCAGAGGCUGGAGACAUUGGGGAUAGAGCUCUUCCAAGCACCAGACUCAGUGAGAGUGGUAGUAUCCGCUCCUCUUUUGACAUCAGGCCAGAAGAAAAUGAAGUUGUUGUUUCAACUGAAGAUGAGGAAAUAUUGCACCCAAAUUCCACUCUUUCAACAGGUGCCGUAGUGGACUCUGAAGCCAUAAAUCAUGAAACUCGUAGAGGUUUGCCGAAGUUGCUGGACUAUGCUUCAUGUAUGGUUCAUUUAGCUGUUUUUGGAAUUCUUGGGGUCUUGACAAGAUAUUUACUGCAAAAAUUGUUUGGCCCUGGGGUUGGCAAUGUGACAAGCAACAAAACUCUUCUUUACCUUGACCUUCCUUCUAAUAUGAUAGGUUCAUUUCUUAUGGGAUGGUUUGGUAUUGUAUUCAAAGGAGACAUAUCUAAUGUGUCGGAGCAUCUAGCCAUAGCAAUAACAACUGGUUACUUAGGGAGCCUUACGACCUUCAGUGGUUGGAAUCAAAAAAUGCUUGAACUCAGUGUUUCUGGUCACUGGCUUUUCGCUUCGCUUGGAUUUGUAGUAGGUCUAUUUCUUGUUGCCUUUUCCAUCAUAUUUGGGAUUGAAACUGCUAAGGGUUUCAGGUGGCUUCUUAGCAAGCUGAGUAUGAGUUGUGGAGCUAGAAGUGAUGGCUCUAAUAUCAGCACCAAAGUAGACAGCAAUAGCCGUCAGCUGACUAUUAUGAUGAUGUUUUUGGUGAUCUUAAUCAUGUUAUGGGGUGUCUGUGGGGUAUUAGUAAAGGCUGAGUUCAGGCAUGGUGGCAAUGCAGCUGAGUUGUGGUUUGCUUGCAUGGUUGGACCAAUAGGUGUGUGGAUUAGAUGGUUCUUAGCACGGCUCAAUGGUCGUGGCUUAGGAAAAGCAGGGUUGCUCAAAUGGGUUCCAUUUGGGACUCUAAUUGCCAAUGUAUCUGCUGCUUUUGUUAUGGCUGCACUUGCUACUGUGAAGAAAGCGGUGCACACCAGGGACUGUGAUACUGUUGUAUCAGGAACUCAAUUUGGUCUGUUGGGGUGUUUGAGUACUGUCUCUACUUUUGCUGCUGAGUUUAAUGCAAUGAGAGAAAGUGACUAUCCUUGGAGAGCUUAUGCAUAUGCCUUAAUUACAAUAUGUAUCUCAUUUGUUAUUGGAAUUUUGGUAUAUUGUAUCCCAGUUUGGACAAAGGGGGUUUGACAUUAAUGCAUAUAGUUUCUGACUUCAUGUAUUCCAAAUCAAAGUAUCAUUACAACCCUUUUUAUAUAUAACAAUUGAGUUAAACAAGAGUAAGACAU